AUGUGGGGAGAUAGUGAGAAACCGGAUCCUCUUCUACUUGGGGACCAUCGACACCUUCCACACCAUCCACACCAUCAUCAUCAUCAUUUUGGUCUGACGGCAAAACCGUUUUAUCAUCCACACCACGCACAUAAUCAUCAUCAUUUGGGUGGAUCAACACAUUUUCCGCAAAUGCCAGCCACAUCUUCUUCAACGCCAACUGCUUCAGCAACAAUUCAUCAUCAUAAUUUAGCUGGAACAUCAGUUGGUGGAAGUUUGAGUGCUUUAAGAAUGACACGAGCUGCUGCACAACCAGUUGUGAUGUGGAAAGGGGAAACAUCGAGGAAGAAACGAUUUGGUUAG